AUUGCACAGGAAUGCGUACGUACGUACGUAAGAUUACAUACAAGAACGUGUAUUGGCAAUGUAUAGUCUCGCAACCGAGUCUUGCUGUGGCUCAGUAAGCGUUAAUGCCUUCAUUCAUGUCUGCAUGCAUCAUCAUGUGGCGGCGCGGUGAUGUGCCGCUAUAGUUGUGUGUGUGCGUAACGCCUCAGGUGCUCCAUUCCUGCCUGCUAUCAGGCACUGAUCCAUAUCGACGUGUCUCGGCGUCGGUACAGGUAUGACGAUGUCACGUACGCGUGCGCAGUGAGGCGCGCGAGCGUAUGAGGGGCAUACAUAUGGCUUGUUUACCUGGGUGUUUCCUCGCCGACGCAGCCCGUCGACGCAGCGUGACUAAUGCACACGCGGCCAUCGUCCGUUCCUUGAAGCUAUCGCAAUCGCGGUGCAUACCCGGAGUCGGGUCCGAUUGCACGUAGACAUAUGUUAUGCAGAUAUACAGAGUGGCUGUGAAAUAUAUGCUCGUGAAUAGCAAAAGAUACCUUGUAUAUAUGUUGGCAUCUGGUGCGGCAGAUAAACAGUCACUUAGGGCGAGGUAUCAGCGGUGCGAUAAUAGUCUGCCAUACAAAUAGUGUGAUGGAGAUCGAUGUCGUCAGUGUUUGAUCUGGUCGGUAAUCGAAUUUUUAGUGAUCACCAAUCCGGGAUGAUGACUUCGGCGAAGGCAAAGCAUAAGAAAGAGUUCAAGGCAAGGGAUGAUAUCUUCGACGAGGAGAAUCCAACGACCUUCCUGAAGGUGACCGAGCUGAAGGAUGAGCAGCCCAUACGAGCAGCGGCAUUCCAUCCCGGGGGAGAGAUAUAUGCAACGGGGUCUAACUCCAGGGUGCUGUGCAUCUGCGCAAUGCCCAGCCUAACAGGCCUCAGUGCCUCCCAUGCUGCCACUCCAGCGACCGAGAUCCACAGAAUUGAGAAGAUCCACAAAUCAUCCGUCUCGUGUCUGGCAUGGAGUCCCUGUGGGAACCUAAUAGCCACAGGCUCCAGUGACAAAACUAUCAAGCUGAUGCGGUUCACAACAUCAACGCAUAACUUUGCAGGCACUCCUAUGGAGCUAAGGAUACACGACGGUGCAGUGAGAGAUCUCACAUUCAUGCAGGACUCCAGCAACCAGACCAGCCUGCUUAUCAGUGGUGGUGCGGGCGACUGUAAGAUCUAUAUCUGCGACUGUGAUACAGGAACGCCGAUACACGCUCUCAGUGGCCACACGGGACAUGUUCUGUCUCUCUGCACGUGGGGUGGCGCCAUGUUCGCAAGUGGGUCGCACGACAGGUCCGUCCGUUUCUGGGAUCUGAGAGCAGGAACCUUCAUUCUAAAAAUAUCCCCCCAUGGACCAGCAGGAGGAGGAAGUCCAGCGAGUCCCGCGUGCACAGUGACGGUGGACGAGUCCGGCAGGCUGCUGGCUUCCGGUCACGAGGAUGGCAGCUGCAUGCUGUACGACGUACGCGGCGCGCGCGUCAUACAGACGUUCCAGCCGCAUGCGGCGGAGCUACGCUCGGCGCACCUGUGUCCGCGGUCCUUCUACCUGCUCACGGGCUCCUUCGACAAGACGAUCGCACUCACGAACCUUCACGAACAAGGUGAUUUGGAGCACCCUCUUUCCACUGUAACGGUUGGCACGCACAAGGACAAGGUGAUCCAGACCUGCUGGCAUCCAACAGAAAUGGCGUUCCUCAGUACGAGUGUAGAUAAGAGGGCCUCACUGUGCCAGAACCACCUCCGAGACAUGCUGAUUCUGAAUAUAUCUUCCAGUCUGUUUUCCUCUAGGCUGCGUAGUUCUCUAGUUAUAAGAGUACACACAAACUCAACCACUUUAUAUAUAUAUACACAUAUAGAUAAAGCUAUGAAAUUAUAUCAUUUACAUGUAAGGAAUCAUACAAAGUAUCACCACUCUAUAUCAUAUAAAUAAAUAUAUAUAUAUAUAAAUAAACUGCGCACGUUUAUACUAUUA